AUGACAGCUCGAGUUUUUCCUUCUAAGACAAAAAGUCCAUUCCACCACGAGUUUUUACAAGCGUGUUGUAUGGACCAAGUCCACUCUUUUGUCGAUGAAAAGAGUGUAGUUUUGAAAGCUUCUAUUUUCCCACGUGAGAAAAAGUUCUACGAGAAAUUGCAGACGAAAAGGGAGUGGUUGAGCACACAACUCUUCCCGCCCUAUUUUGGCGCUGAAAUACACAACUUUGGGUCUGGAGAAAAGGAGUACAUUAAGAUGGCGAAUUUACUGAAUGGGUACCAACGGCCUUUUGUUCUCGACUUAAAAAUAGGGACUCACAAGUACGACCCCGAAAUCGAUCCGGCGAAAAUAGAGUACCGCACACACGUCAAAAUCUUCACAACAACACUAGAACUUGGUCUCCGUUUUUGUGGGAUGAAGCGAGUGAUAGGCGGGCAAUUGAUUUCAUACGACAAACAUAUGAGCAGAAACGAAGUGAAGACAUCAGCUCAAUUAUUCGAGUAUAUUAAACUCUUUUUUAAUGACGGGACAAAGUACAGGAAAGAGAUGCUCCCGUUCUAUAUCAAUCAGAUCGAUAAGUUGUUGAGUCUGCUUGAAACGAUGAAUUACAAAUUCUUUGGGUCGUCGGUACUUCUUGUCUAUGACGCAGAUGCUACCCCGGAGAGUCAAAAGUACGACUUAAGGUUCAUCGACUUUGCCAAGUCGUAUUCUCUUGACGAAGAGAAGUGUGAAAUGGAAGACGGAAUUGUUUAUGGACUCAAACACUUGAAAACAAUUUUCGAGAAUUUGAAUAAAGAAUUGAAAGAGGAAUAG